AUGCGAAUGUUAGCAUAUGGUGUGGCAGCAGAUACGGUUGAUGAAUACAUCAAAAUAGGAAGUAGUACAACAUUGGAGUGCUCACUUAGAUUAUGCAAAGGAGACAUACGAUUGUAUGAGCAAGUGUACUUGAGAGCACUAAUCCAAGAUGACCUGCAAAUAAUACUACAUGUUAGUGAAAUGCGGGGAUUCCUAGGGAUGAUCAGGAGUAUUGACUGCAUGCACUGGAAGUGGAAAAAUUGUCCUAAAGCAUGGGAAGGUCAAUUUACCAAGGGGGAUAAGGGAACCACCACAGUUAUUCUUGAAGCAGUUGCAUCUCAUGAUUUAUGGAUCUGGCAUGUCUUUCUUAGAUGCCCGGGAACGUUGAACGAUAUAAACGUUCUAGACCGGCCACCAGUGUUUGAUGAUGUGGAACAGGGAAAGGCUCCAAGAGUGAAUUACUUUGUGAAUCAACGUCCCUAUAAUAUGACAUACUAUCUAGCUGAUGGUAUCUACCAUUCUUAUCCAACUUUCGUCAAAUCAAUUAGACUUCCUCAAAGUGAACUCGAUAAGUUAUUUACAAAACAUCAGGAGGGAUGUCGGAAGGACAUCGAACAUGCUUUUGGAGUGCUUCAAGCUCGAUUUAAAAUCAUCUGUGAACCGGCUCGCUUGUGGGACAUAGCCGAUUUGGGUAUCAUCAUGAGGUCAUGCAUCAUAUUACAAAAUAUGAUUGUUGAGGAUGAACGAGAUACAUAUGCUCAACGUUGGACCGAUUUUGAGCAACCUAGGGGAAUUGGAUCUAGUACAAUGCAACCAUACUCGACCGAGGUGUUACCAGCUUUUGCAAAUCAUGUGCGUGCUAGAUUUGAGUUGCGUGAUCCAGAUGUUCAUCACGAAUUGCAAGUUGAUGAGAUGAAGAAGAAAUGUGAGUUGUGCAAAAGUCCAGCAAAGUUGUUCUGUGAAUCAGAUCAAGCAAGCCUUUGUUGGGAAUGUGAUGCUAAGGUUCACACUGCAAACUUCAUAGUCACAAAGCAUCACAGGUUUCUUCUCUGCCAUAUUUGUCAAUCUUUAACACCUUGGCAUGGCACUGGACCCAAGUUUGUACCCACUAUCUCCCUUUGUAACCACUGUGUUGCUGUUACCAACAACAAUGAUGAAGAUAAUGAUCAAGAUGAUGAUGAUGAUGAUACUGAGGAUGAUGAUGAAGAAAAUCAAGUGGUUCCAUGGAAAUCUACAACUCCACCACCAGUUUCUUCUUGUUCUUCAAAUAGUGCAAACUAA